UGUCGACAUUCCACCCCUAACUUGGUUUACAGCGCACAUUGUAAAAACAGUUUGCAGGCCGUGCACAGUUUGCAGCGAAAUAAGAGGCUCAAUUCAUGGCAUAUGGCGCAAAAAAAAGAGCCAACUCCGCAUGAUUCCAUAUCAGCAGAACGACGGACGCCGACGCACACGGGGUGACGCGCUCAACGCCUCUACUGAUCCAUCUCGCUCUCCUUCUCUCUCUCUCUCUCUCUCCCUCUCUCCCUCUCUGGUGUGGUCGUGCGUCUUGCUGAUCUGAGUGAUGACUCGUCACAGGGGAUUCGCAAUCAAGACUUUGUCCGUGGACGCAUCACGCUGAGAGCCCACAGCGGCUUUUUUUCCACCCCCCCCCCCCCUAUCCCCGAUCUGUCCAAGGUUUCGGUUUCCAAACGCGGAUUACUUAUCAGAAGACCUGAGGGACGCAGCACAGGCAACAAGCUCUGCCUCAGCGGGUGCGAGUGGGCAGCUGAACGCCGGCACCGUGCGUAAUACUCGGGGAGCAGGUGGAUGGAGAGGCAGUUGAGUGCCGCUGCGCAGCGGCUCGACUCCACAUUCUCUGCUGAUUGAAUCUCUGUCACGGUGGACUUGAUAUGAAGGGCACGUUUUCCGUUUUCAAUUUAAAACGCGGGGCCGUCGUCGUGUUCCCGCCUAGGCGUUCCUCUUCUUUUUUUUUUGCAUGUAUGCACGCACACACUCGUACAUGCACGCCUGACCUGGAUGACUCGGCUCUGCGUAGCAUUGGUGGGAUUAUGGGCUCAGUGGUAAAAAGUGAGUAAAGAGAGCAAUAAGACCAGAUCUAUCCUGCUCCUUUUCUCCACAGCUGGGAUGUGAUACUUGUGGUUCCACAAUAAUUAAAAUCCCCAGUAAUCCAAUCCCCUGAGGCCCAAACUCUUAGACGGCAAACUACUCCGUAUAUCUAACAACUUGAAGUCCCUUUUCAGUCUGGGUAACAAAUAUUCUUUUAAGCCUGUAAUCUGAAACCCUAAAAUAUCUCCCUUUCCCCAACUCCUUAAUGACACACAUCUUCAUCCGUUGCCACCUUUAGACACUUGGAACCCCUAGAGAGCCUCAACCCCCGUCAGCCAUCAUGGCUUUGGACCAGUGGCCCUUUUUCCCAAACACCCCAAACAUCUCCAUCCCGGAGCCUCUUCUGUACGACAGCUACCUCCAGGGAAACGAGUCCGACCUGGACCUGAACAUCUCCAAGAGCCGGGAGCAUCACCAGGAUAAGACUAGCUCCGUGGUCAUCACCUUAAUCUACUUCAUGGUGUGUGGCGUGGGGCUGUGCGGCAACGCCCUGGUCAUAUACGUCAUCCUGCGCUACGCCAAAAUGAAGACGGUGACCAACAUCUACAUCCUGAACCUGGCGGUGGCGGAUGUUCUGUGCAUGAUGAGCCUGCCAUUCAUCGCCCUGCAGCUGGCCCUGGUGCACUGGCCCUUUGGAGAGGUGCUGUGCAGGGUGAUCAUGACUGUUGACUCUCUCAAUCAGUUCACCAGCAUCUUCUGUCUGAUGGUGAUGAGCAUCGAUCGGUAUCUGGCUGUGGUCCACCCUAUUAAGUCCACGAGAUGGCGUAAGCCCCGCCUGGCCAAGAUGAUCAACCUGACAGUAUGGGGUGUGUCCCUGUUAGUUGUCCUGCCUACUUUGAUCUUUAGCGGCCUUGACAAGGUGCCGGUUUGUGGGAUUGUGUGGCCGGAGCCCCAGGAUGUCUAUUACACGGCCUUCAUAAUAUACACCUUCUUCAUAGGGUUCUUCAUGCCGCUGGCAGUCAUAUGUCUGUGCUACCUGCUCAUUAUAGUCAAGGUGAAGUCAUCUGGGAUGCGAGUGGGUUCCACCAAGCGUAAGCGCUCUGAACGCAAGGUGACCCGGAUGGUGUCCAUCGUGGUGGCGGUUUUCGUGCUCUGUUGGCUGCCUUUUUACAUAUUCAACGUCACCUCCGUCGCCAGCUCCAUCAAUCCCACAUCUGCUAUGAAGAGCACUUUCGACUUUGUGGUGGUGCUCGGCUACGCCAACAGCUGCGCCAACCCCAUCCUGUACGCCUUUCUGUCCGACAACUUCAAGAAGAGCUUUCAGAAUGUCCUGUGCCUGAAAAAGGUGGCGGGCCUGGACGAAAUCGAGCGCAGCGACAGCAGGGCGGACCGGAGCAGGAUGGUGAACGACGCUAUGAUCAUCAACUUGGAGACUCACAAUGCUGCCUUGCUCAAUGGCGAGCUGCAGACCAGCAUCUAAGGGGCGCCAGGCACAUGCAGGGAGGCCAGAGACUUGUGCCUUCGAGGACCGAUGAGCCGGCGGUACAUUGCCAGUGACCCCUGUUCGAAGAUGCGAGGUCGGGAUGCUGAUGGACGUUGGCACAUGAACAAAGUCGAAGUAAAGACUAUGAAUGAGUUACUGAGACAACUUUUGUUGGUUGAAGCGAUUUUUACCAAUGCAUUCACUUGAUGUUACAUGAAAAAGAAAUAGUUAUGGUGUUCUCGAGAAAAAGAAAACAAGACCCAGGAUCAGAGAAUGGACUGGUGUGUAUAGUUCACUGAUGGUAGAGAGAGAGAUCUGAGGGGAUCGAGCUCCACCAGUAUUCUCCUUGAUAGAGUUUUUUAGAACUAUAAAGGGGUUGGCCUUGAUUUCUCUGAAUGUGGGAAUACCGCUUAGGAAGUCCGGCAAACAAUGUGGUGAAAACAGUCAGCACUGUACAGAUAUGGAGCCUUUGAAAGAUUAAAACCGUAAGCCGGAGGCCAGAGAUGAAAAGCUGCAUGGUCGUGACGAAGCCCUCCAGGCAUAACAAGGAAGGAGGCUCCUUUCUCCCUCCCUCCGCCAUCUCAGCGGGAGGAAGUGCACCGGUCCGUAAACCCACAAACUGAUCAUCCUGGAUUAUUGAUUGUGGUCAAAGGAUGGGGAUCUCUGGGGCAGCUCUGACCCAACCCUAACCCUAACCCCAUUAAAACAGCUUAACACUGUAUAUAGCCCACAAAACGGUUUCCCGGAGACUCCUGGGGGAAAGGUCCUAACGUGGACCUGUCUCAUUUCAAUUCUGUAUUAUUGUAAUGCAGUGAGGAAUGUUCUGAAACUAUGUUUGUGAACUAUGAUUGCUCUCUGUGCCAGCGGUGCCCAUUUCUAUUCGUAGAGUUCUGUGUUUUGAGUACUUAGUGAAAUGUGCGCACUGCACUCAGCUUCACGCUUGGUUCAGUCCGUCCGAGCACUGAGUCCAAUCAUUCUUUCAGAGUCCAAUAAUUCUUUCAGUGGAAAAUAUGCUCAAAAUCGAAACAGCAGGCAGGGUGAAGCUCAACGAUGGAGCCGACGUUUCCCAAGAUACACCUGUACAGCAUCUUUUGUCGCACCCACGCUGUACGUCAAAUGCUUUCAAACCUUACACCCUGGGUACCUUUUCAUUUAAUGUACUGACUCGGGCAGGGAUUUAGUGUCAACCGGUCUUCAAUGCCAAGCACAUUUAUUGUUGUAUAUUCUCAUAAAAAAUUCCACAAAAAAGCUCUCCAACCCCAUGUAACUCACCUGUCAGGUAAACUUGACUCCAUAAACCUCACACCCCUCAGUCACACUUAUUAUAUUGUAUUUAUAUGCUCUUCAUAAUCAGUGUUGGGAAGGAUACUUUCAGAAGGGAAUACAGAAUACGUGCUCAAGUAGUCCCGAACUGCAUACUAGAAAAAUCGAACCGCAGUUUAGGCGAACACGAGCUCAUUUUAGCUAACGCUAGCUAGCAUGUCAAACGGGGCUAAUCUGACUAGUAAAUCAGCACAUAGGAGAAUGUAAAGUCGCACAUCUGGCAGAUAGAACUAUAAAAUAGCAAGUUGACCAGUAAAACUACAGCAAAUGACUACCCUUGGCUAAUUAAAAAAUGAACUUACUUACAAGCAGAAGUUGCACUGCAGUUCUAUUCCGUUGUCCCUUCUCGUUCUUUAACAUUAAAUGCUUAUUGAAUUUCCAGGGUAGAAAAGCAUUCCUGCCGUAGCUCUUUUUUGCCGGCUCUGGCACCUGCUCCUCUUCAGAAUCCAUUAGCAGCUACUGAUCACGCAAAUAGAAUUUUCAUUCGUUUUCAUGUUGGGGCUUCUGGGAAAAGCAUCAAAUUACCUUUAUUUAUUUAGAGAGCGGAAAAAACCUGUGAUGCAGAGGAAUACCGUCAUGUAAUCUAUUGAUUUCAACAAUGUAACUUUAUUCUAAAUACCAUCUAUUUACAUUGUAACUAACGGAAUACAGUUACUCCUAAUUUGUAUUCUAAAUACGUAACGCCGGUACAUGUAUUCCGUUACUCCCCAACACUGUUCAUAAUUACUGUUUCUUGAGCAAUGCAGGACUGUCAGGGUGCCAGAUUGAUUAACGGAAUUAUCAAUCAAUGGAGCAUCCUGAAGGUUAUAAUGCGGUUGUUUCUUUAGCAGGAAUAGCGUCACAGCAAUGGUUGUCCAUGCCUCAUCACUUCGGGCUGUGUCUCGAACAAGUAUCGGGUCAUUCAAACAGGUACAAACAUCCCCGAGCCUGCAGAGGAGGAACUGUAAACCUAAGUUCUAGCAUAACGAAACUUGUAGGGCUAUGAUCAGCUCACAUUUGUUUGGCACUUUAGGACCAAUUAAAUGACAAAACUCCCACAAGCCUUGGCUGCACUUUGUGUGAAAAGUGAUGAUUAGGAAAUGUUAGCUUUCUGAGACUGAAAGAUUACAGUGGACAAGAGGACAAUUUGAGCUGCUGAAUAUGCCCAUUAUUGUCAAUAUGAGCAUGUUAGCAUACAGAUGUUGGACUAUAGAAGGGAGCUGACUAACUAAUAGUUGGUGCUGUAAAUUGGAUGAAUGUCUGUUCAAAGCUCAAAUGAAGCCAUGUUUUUUUUUGUUUUGUUAUCUUGCUAGUUUAAUUAAUUAAGUGGGCUGACUCCACUGGGCAACAUGUUCCUGAGCCAAACAAGCUACAACUAAAGACUAUGUCACAAUAACUGGCAUUUGGGAACCUUAUCACUCCCUUUAUGGUGACAGAAUGAGCUUUUAAUCCAUAGCGGUUUGAGCCACCAGGCUGUCCGUGCACAGGGAUGUGCCACAUCUUGUAGCAAGGAGAAUUGUCACGUAACUGCAAAGCCUGCAUGGCUAAAAGGUCAUUCACCAUAUCCUGCAGGGUCAGAUUCACUUCAUCCAAGUAUGUCAGCCAAGUUAGUAACCGUCAAUCAGUUCAAUCAGAAGAGAUGAGGAGCAGAGGGCUUUUCCCUGGAAGGUACUGCAGAAAAUGAUCUAGCAAGGUCGGUCACUUCUUCACCCACACGUCCCAAUGGGAACACACACUCACAGCUAUUUGCAGUCAUACGUGAAGGUACAAUCCCAAGUAAUGUAAAUGAAGACAAAGACAAUUAGCGGCUAUGCUCACAGCGUUGUGUCCAAAGCUCCUAGCACUCCUUCCCAAGUAACCCCGAAGGUGAUGAGAGUGACCAAUUCUGCAUCAACGAGUCAUACUGAACCAGUGAACUGUGUGUAAUAAUGUGACUCAUCACCAUACCAAAGGCUAUUUGGGUUAAACGCACAACCCGAAUUUUCUUGUGGAAAAUAUGUGAGUGACCUGAAACAUGCUUCAUGUUCUCCCGAUACAAACCUUGUUUUUCUGAAAAAUAUUUUAACUUGAAUGACCAGACAACAAUGUACUUAGUGGACCAUUCUGGUCCUGGUUUAGUAGAUGAUUGGGGGGUUUGUGCCAAAACCAGAGUAAAGGUAGCGCUAAUAGGGCCGAUGAGGCGGGACCCGCGUUGCUGCUUCGUUUGUUAUUUCUCAAAUUAGGUGAUUUUCUGAAAAAAAUAUUCAUAUUGUGUCCUGGCUCUUUGUCUGCUGGACACAAUUCAGAGCCCAAUGUGGCAUUUGUUUGGAUUUCCGUGGCGUUUCCUCCACUGUAAAGUGUACAGAAGACAGGAAGAAGCGGAGGAAUGGGGGAAAUCUCGGUUUCUUUUUUCAGAGACACACAAUCAUUUGCAAAGGGCUAGAACACGCACUCCAGAGUAUGCACUGUUCAAUGUUGACAAAGUGUUUGUUUGUGCAUGGGGAGGGCUGUGUGUCCCACUUGUGUGUCCUCUCGCUAACCAAAACCAGUGUUACACUUACUGGGUGGUCACAUUUUUUUUUUGCAAGCUACAGUCUUUACUUGAGUUUCAAUGGAUUCAGUCUUGUAGAUGUUUUAUUUGUGAUCAGUUGCAAAUGUAACAUUCUAUUUAGUAAAAAAAAAUGAAAUAAGAUAUGGGUUUCCCACAAUGCCGAUUUCCCAUUUUCUUGACUUCACAUGUCAGCUUAUUGUAACUUAGCUUUUUUUUCUGACAAUGUAAAACCCUGGAUUUGUUCUUUUCUGUUCAGUGACUUUUAUCUAUGUGCCUUGGAACUUCAUGUAAACUGAUGUGAUGAAAUCAAUGUACAGCAAAACAACAUUACGACCAGUUUCUCCCAAAAGCCAAACAACCAAAGGCCUUUGUAGUGUACAGACAUAUUGGUAACUUCAACAUAACGGAGUAAAUCAUUUUUUUGGUCGAUAUUUGUCAACCUAUAGCUUAUGUUUGUGUGAUAUAAUGUCAAAAGCAGAUGUUUAUUUGUGACAGUUGCAUAGAAUAUAAUGUGCAGAUUGAUUGUCCUCGUCUCUGCAAUUAAAGCGCAGGUUCUGCUCACA